AUGGACUGGGAAAGUGUUAAGCUCAAACUUAGGGAGGAAUAUAGAAGGAUAAGAUUGAAUGAGGAAUAUGUGGAUGUUCUUGUGGAGAAAAAGAAGGUGAAUGAGGAAGAUUUGGAGAAGGUGAAUGUGUUGAUUGAGGAUCCGGUGAAUGAGAAUAUUGAGAAUGUGGUGGAUAAGUUGAAUGAUAAAGACAUGGAUGGGCUUGUGGAGCUGAAGGAUGAGGAUGUGGAUGAGAAGAAGAACGAGGAUGUGGAGGAGAAAAAGAAUGAGGAUGUGAUGGAGAAUGUGGUGAAUGAGGAAGUGGUGUAUGAAAUUGAUGAUGUGGAGAAGGUGGAUGUGAAUAAGGAUGUAGUGGAGAAGAAGGAAGAUAAGAGGAACAAUGAUGAUGGGAUUGAUGAUGUGGAGAAGGUGGAUGUGAAUGAGGAUGUGAUGGAGAAGAAGGAAGACAAGCAGAAGAAUGAGGAUGUGAAUGAGAAGGUGGAGGAUGUGAAUGAUAAAGACAAGGUGGUGAAUGAGAAGAAAGAUGUGAAUGAUAUUGACAAGGAAGACAAAAGAAGUUGGAGGAUGAUGUGUUUGUACAAAAUUUGGGGAAGAAGGAGGACAAGUAGAAGGCAUAACCGCCUUAGCCCGAUGUUGUCGACUGUCUACACGGUCUACAUGGAGAUGUCAUAA